GGAAUUCAGAUGACCCUCAAUGACGCUUGAAUUUUUGCCGCGCUUUGUUCAAUUGGCUUUUCCUCCUCCUUAAUACUCUCAUUGUCGUGCUCAUUCCUUACUCAUCUCUUUCCAUUCCUUUACUCAUCACUUUUUGAAAAAGGUUCCUCGGCUCAACGCUUCAUUCACCACAGGGACUUCUUCCAGUGACAGAUUUUUUUUCUUUCUUUCUUAUUAUUCAGAUAUAUACAGCCAAUGCAGUCUCACAUCGACCCUCCAAAGCCUGUGCGGCCUUAUAAACAUAUCCGUCUGACUGUUGAGUCUGAUCGCUUUGUGCUCCAGCCUUAUUUUGGCCCUGAAUAUACUGACGAUGCAGACACUGAGAUUGUCCAAAUCCAGUUUGAGAUCUCCGAAGAUAGGGCUGAUAUAGAAAAGAGUAAUGAAAGUACCAAAGCACCUAGCACUGUAAACGGCACUACAGCCCCAAUGGAUGAAAAAACCCGACGUAUAUCGUUUCUAUCGCCAGGAUCAUAUUCUCGAUCGGAAGAUGCAAAGGACUACCUUGUUUACGGAUGCAUCGGGUCAUUGGAGUUGCAUACAGGCGUACAUUUCAUCUUUAUCACGUCGGUCAAACCAUUAGGCGAUAUUGAAGACAAACCUGUCUAUGCAAUCAACAAGGUUGCUAUCUUACCUUUGGUUGCCUGCGAAGCUCGACAACUCCUUGAUAGAUUAGCACAGGAAAUCAUCAUGUCUACUAAACUUCUUCCUCGGGUAGAGCAGCAGGCGGAGCAGUCAAUAGUCAUUCAGGAGCCAGCUUCAAAAACGAGCAUUCAGCAGGAUAAUUACCAUUCCUUAGAAAGUGUAUCUGUGGUUAAACCAUCUAAGGGCCGAUUCUCAUUCCUUGGACUACGACAAGAUAAAGGUAUUCAAAAAUCAGCUAAUGACCUUGGACCGCCAUCCACAGGAAUCAAACAAGGAUUGUCCCGUGAGGGUGAACUAUCAAAUAUCAUACCCAACCCAAAAAGAGUAUCGUUCGACGUUCCGCAGCGAGGCGCAGGCAACAGAAGCAGUACCAAUCUAUCUACUCCUACCACUAUAGAACCAACCUUGAAUGAGGUGGCUGCUACUACUACUACUAGGCCAGCAUUAUCGUCGCCCCCAUCUUCUCCAAAAAUUCGCUCAUCACAACCAGGGUUUUUCUCAAAGUUCAAGGGGAAUGUGCUGGAAAUAAAGCCGCGUAAAAGCGCCGAGAUUGCCUUGACAUCCCCAGUCUUACCGCUAUCGGAUGGAGAAGCCAUAGCAGGGACAACUGCCAAUCCUGUUAAUCACAAAGAUGCAUCUAAAACUAGUACGCUGCCAAGGAUAGAUACAGGUCAUAUGAAUACUUCAGAAAAUGAGAUGCGUCCGUCCUUGUCGCCCCGAUCUCCAUCAGCUCUUGCAGCAGCCGAGAAGUUUGUGACUGAAUCAACAAAGCAGAUCGCAGAUUGGAGUGAAGAAGCAGUUUCAGGAAUAUUCAAUACGACGCCGUCUUUCUCCCUUAUGAGACCAACUGCGACUUCAUCAACAACUGCUGAAUACAGUCCGAAAGCAGAGCAUGCACAGCUAGCUAGUAACAUAACUAACUCGAAUCAACGAGCAGCUGAGGAAGAACAAGAGAAAUAUCGCUUGCUCGACCGCCGUGUCAUCCGAGAAAUUUCAUCCAUCUUUGGUACUGGAUUCUACUUUUCGACAGAGUUCAAUCUGUUAACGUCUAUGCAAAAACGUUCAGAUCUAGAAAAAGAUACACUUAAGAGGGACGCACCUUUGUGGCAACAAGUAGACAAGCGAUUCUGGUGGAAUGAGCACUUACUCAAAGACUUUAUUGAUAUAGAGGCGAACGGUUUCAUUCUACCUGUAAUGCAGGGCUAUGUUGAGAUUGAACAAUGUGAAAUUGAGCAACAGCCAUUUAUGUUUACACUCAUCUCGAGGAGGAGUCGAGAAAGGUCGGGUCUCCGGUACCAACGUAGAGGCAUUGAUGAAGACGGCAAUGCAUCUAAUUUUGUAGAAACUGAGCAGUUGUUGCGUAUUGUGCGCAAUGAUAGCGAUCAUCAAGUAUCUUUUGUUCAAACAAGGGGAUCCAUUCCUUUGUUCUGGUCACAGUCACCAUAUCGCCUAAAGCCCAUACCCAUCAUGGAAAGAAGUGAACAGGAAAAUGAAGGCGGGUUUAAGAAGCAUGUUGAUAGUCAACUGAGACAAUAUGGACAGCAGAUCCUUAUCAACCUGGUAGAACAGCAUGGUAGAGAACUCAUUGCCGGGUCAGCUUACACAAAAUACGUUAAAAAGUUGGCUGAUCCGCAAGUCAGAUACAUAGAGUUUGACUUUCACGAGCAAUGCAAGGGAAUGAAAUAUGAAAAUAUUGAGCGCCUGGUCAAGAGUCUAGAGGCACCCAUACAAGAGCUGGGCUACUGCUGGUUAACACCAAAGAAUGACAGCAAGUCCUUGGACCGCCUUUUUGUCCAGAAGGGUGUCAUUCGAACAAACUGCAUGGAUUGUCUCGAUCGCACUAAUGUCGUCCAGAGCGCUAUCGGCCGUUAUAUUUUGAAUCAUCAACUUUUACGACUUGGUAUUGCCUCGUUCCCUGACAAGGGGCUCUCUGUGUACGAGGAUUUUGAGAACACCUUCAACCAUGUCUGGGCCAACAAUGGAGACGCUAUUAGCCGUGAGUAUGCCGGUACCAGUGCCUUGAAGGGAGACUUUACUAGGACUGGCAAACGCAACAUUCAGGGUAUGAUCAAUGACGCCACCAACUCAAUGGCUAGGAUGUAUCAAAAUACAUUCAAGGAUUACUUUCGACAAGCCGCCAUUGAUUACUUAUUGGGUGCUACAGAACUGAAUGUUUUCAGGAACCUCCAAACGACAGCCUUUGGAACGGCCAUUAUAGCACCACCAGUCUUGCCUCCCGCAAUUGCUCCUGCAUUGAUUGCGGCUUCCGAAUCAGAUCUGCCAGUCAUUGCAAUCCAAGCAACUAAUACCGAUGGAACAUCAGCCAAGUCUAUAGAUUCUGAAGUAUUACUUCCUUCCCUAAUCCCCUAUCCUUCAGAAACCUUGGUUGCAACUAAUGGCAUAGAUGUGGGUCUUCCAUCUGACGAAAAGAAACUGCAGCAGGAGGCGUGGGUCAAGGUCCGUGAAGCAGCGAUUGAAACAUCUGCUGAAAUUGUCAUCUCGCCUGGAGAAGAGCACUGGAAAGGCUGGACAUUUAUUUGCUGUUCGAAUGAGAUCACUAGUGCCCUUUUAUCUUCCUCUUCUCCAUACUCACCGCCAUCACAGAAACCGUUAAAGUCUCCCAAGAAGAGCACUUUUGUUUUUAAUGGCAAAACCGGCAGAAAUGUAUCUGUUCCUUUUUUGGAUGAUCCUCGAGGCGUCUUCUACGAAGAAAAGGUUGUGUUGUUAACAGAAAAGGCUCUGUAUAUUUGCACCUAUGACUAUGAGAUGGAGAAAGUGCUCGAGUUCUGGAGGCUGGCUUUGGAAAAGAUGGUUGGGAUCGAUAAAGGCGCAUUCUUCUUGUCAGCAAGUGAAAGGGAUCCACUUGAGAACUAUGGGUUUGCAGUUGUGUACCGGGCCAACGUAGGAGGCGAGACGCUGAGAGUGAACAGCGGUAGUGUUCGGAACCGUAUGAAGAUGGAUAUUGAUCGGAUGUCCCCUACUUCUCACCCGAAUCUAGAGAGUGUGCUUGAGUUGAACGAGGACGCCUCAGAAGCCAGCAGCGCAACUUUACGUAGUAACAGUCCCAGCAAGGAAGAAGGCGCAAAUGGAGAGGAUAGUGUCCUUGAUGAUGAUCAGGCAACCAACAGCUCACCCAAAGAAGAGCUGAAGGACAUUCGAUCUGUGAAGUUUAAGAUUGUGAAGCAUCCAGAGACAUCUAUUAUGCCUUUUGUUACGUCCUCAUCAGUCAAGGACUUUGAGCAAAACAAGGGCAAGGCCAAUCCAUCCGGAUAUAAACAAACAGCGCAGGACUGUGUCGAAUGGGUGGUUACAGAGAUUAUUCAGGCAAGAUGUGAGCUUAUUUCUGAUGCUGAGAGGAACACUAGAAACAAAGGAUUGAGCUCUGAGAAUGACUCGACAACGAAGGGUAACAACAGCAGCCUUGAAAGUCUAUCUGGACAGCAGCAACAACAAAAUCGUCAAUUUGGACGCCAUGAUCGAUCGCCUAGCGAAGAAUAUAAUUAUCAACCGCUACCGGCAACGCAAUGGUCCUCUGUACAAGUUGACUUGGUAGUACGGGACAGGGUGCUUCAGAGUCUGGAAGUGGCGGGUCAAUUGGAAAAACAUUCUCUAAAGGGUAAACAAAAGAAGAACAAGAGGUCCAAAAAGCCAUUCUCAGGACUCUUUUCAUCACCAUCCUCCUCUUCUCCCUCUCCUUCCUCUAAAGUUUCCAGAGAAACGACGACGGCCCUACAGCCUAUAGCCUCUGCUGUUCCUGCGACUUCCCCAAGCAACAACAAAUCAUGGCUCAAGAAAUGGCAAUUGGGGCUAGAUACAGAGGAUGAGACAGAGGAUGAGGAUGAAGUCCCAUUGCCAGUAGACAUUGGCAACGAUAAGAAGGACAACAACAGCAACCCAAUUAUGGAACAUAAAAUUGAUACAACGAACCAACAAGCGAAAGCGAAUGUCGAUCAGUCGCUCUUCACUACUGAAACCACGUCCUCUGCCCACCACAGCCCCCGUAGCCGUAACCAAGGUGUUUUUGCAAAGUUCAAGCAGGCUGUGAAGAAUUUGUAACAUGGGGUGAUGAUGGAU